AUCGUGUAUGCGGUAGGUUUAAAACUGUACCCUAUCUGCAUCGAGUAACCAUACCUCCCUCAUCUUAGGUUUGUGUUAUUCCCGAUUGUAGUUGAUUUUCUCCAUGAAAAAUGUAGUUGCAUUUCGUGCUUUCGUUUAAUCACUGGCUUUUCUUUUCUAUAACCUUCCCAAUCUGCUUCAUUCAGGCUAUUCUGCUCACUCCCGUAGUACCCACAGUACCUUGAAAAUAAAAGCAAACUGCCAGAUUAUUCUCGCAGUCGGAUCAGUUGUCAUUCUGAGUUAAGUUAUGUCAGAUGUUCCAUUAGAUGCCCCAUCUUCCUGCCCUGGUACAAAAAGCAAUCUAGCCGGAAAAACCUCAGCAUGUGAAGGCUGUCCUAAUCAGUCUUUGUGUUCAAGUGGAGAAGCUAAACUUCCUCUUUCUCAACGUGAACCAGAUACUGUUCUCUCCAUUAAGCGACGUCUUGGUUCAGUUCGUCACAGAAUCAUUAUUCUAUCUGGCAAGGGUGGAGUUGGGAAAAGCAGUCUCUCUGUUUGUCUAGCUAGGGGACUAAGCAGGCGUAAUCGCAGUCAAAUGAAUGGUUGCAAUGAUAAUUAUCGUAUUGGACUACUUGAUCUUGAUUUAUGUGGCCCUUCCAUUCCAUGUAUGUUCGGUUGCAUGGAUGAAAAGGUACAUCAAAGUCAAUCUGGUUGGUCUCCUGUCUUUGUGACGGAAAAUCUUUGUCUGAUGUCUAUCGGGUUUCUACUGCCCAGUCCUGACCACCCAGUUAUAUGGCGUGGCCCUCGUAAAAACACACUGAUCCGCCAGCUCCUCACUGAUGUUGCGUGGAACGAGGAAGAUGAUAAUCUAGACCAGGGAAACAAUUUGGACUUUCUAAUUAUAGAUACUCCUCCGGGAACAUCUGAUGAACAUCUUUCAGUUGUUCAAUAUCUUCAGGCUGCUGAGUGUUUAGACGGUGCAAUAAUUAUCACUACACCUCAGGAAAUAUCGCUGUGUGAUGUAAGAAAAGAAAUAGAUUUCUGUCGGAAACUAUCGAUCCCAAUCUUAGGCGUCGUGGAAAAUAUGGUUGAAUUUGUUUGCCCAUCUUGCAAAUAUACAUGUCCAUUAUUUCCAUCGGUCACGGGUGGCGCCAGCUCUCUAUGCACCAUAAAACAAAAUAGAAAUGGUGACGAGUUAUCGUUUUCAGACCUUGAAAUAAUCGGUCGGCUACCACUUGAUCCUAGACUAACCAGGGCUCUUGACGAAGGUUUUUGCCCAUUCGAAUUAGCUGAGUCGAAUUCCUACAUUAGCAAACAAUCACAAGAUUCAAAUGGAGGACUUCAAUCCUCUGACGCAGUGAUUCUGUCAUUUCAAGAGCUGUUCAAUAAUCUUCUUCGAAAGCUUGAUAACUAACUGAUUUUUUAUUUUUGAACAUCAACUGCUGCUCUUUUGUUUCUGUUGUAAAGACAUUUUAUUGGGUUUUCCUCUUGAUUUGCACUUUUUCUGUCAGCAUUUGUAAAUAAUUUUAUAAUAAAGUGGUUUUUUAGUCCUCUGUCUCUCCUGAAAUAAAUGGAUGUAUUUUA